GGGCGGCUCCGGGGAUCUGACACCGCCGCUGCCGCCGCGCCGGGGCCUCCUGGCCGGGCAGCGCCACGGGCACGGGGCUGGGGAGCGCCGGCGGGGCAGCGUGAUGUCAGCCGUGGAACAGCAACCAGCAGAUGCUUCCUUGUCAUCCAAUUCGUCCAGCUCCUUUGAGGUGAUAGAGGCAGAUGCUGCAAAUAAGUACGAAGCCGUGGUUCCUCACUGGUUUUACUGCAAGGUCACAGAUUCCCGAGAGAGAUGGAUCCCCUUCAGCACACAGGACUCGGAGAAGUUGGAAGCGGCCCAAAAGAUGAGGAAAGACGAUGAAGAGCUGGUAGUUCCGAUAUCAGGGGGCAGAUACGAUGUGCAUUUGAAGCAGAGGCAAUGCUAUGCUGUGUACUGGGAGGAAGAGGUGUCCGAAGUAAGGCGCUGCACCUGGUUUUAUAAGGGAGAAAAGGACAAUAAGUAUGUCCCUUACUCGGAGAGCUUCAGCGAGGAUUUGGAGGAAGCUUACAUGAUCGCUGUAACUCUGGAUGAGUGGAAAAAGAAACUUGAGUCCCCGAACAGAGAAAUCAUUAUAUUGCACAACCCCAAGCUUAUGGUGCACUACCAUCCAGUAACUGUCUCUGACGACUGGGGUUCAAGCUCUGCAGAGCAAGGGCGGCCAAGAACCGUGAAGAGAGGAGUAGAAAACAUCUCUGUGGACAUCCAUAGUGGAGAGCCUGAGCAGAUCGACCACCUGGUUUUUGUAGUUCAUGGGAUUGGGCCGGCGUGUGACAUCCGGUUCCGAAGCAUCAUUCAAUGUGUGAACGAUUUCCGGGCUGUGUCCUUGAGCAUGCUGCAAGCCCACUUCAAGAAAGCCCAGGAGCAGCAGCAGAUCGGCCGGGUGGAGUUCCUGCCUGUGAACUGGCACAGCCGCCUGCACUCCACAGGGGUGGACGUAGACCUGGAGCGAAUCACCUUGCCAAGCAUCAAUCGCCUACGUCACUUCAUCAACGACACAAUCCUGGACGUCUUCUUCUACAACAGUGCCACCUACUGCCAAACCAUUGUGGACACAGUCGCUUCUGAGAUGAAUCGCCUGUAUCUGCUCUUCCUGCAGAGAAACCCUGACUAUAAAGGCAGGGUGUCCAUUGCAGGUCACAGCUUAGGAUCACUUAUACUGUUUGAUCUCCUGACAAAUCAGAAAGCUUCCUCUGAGGAUGAAGAUGGCAAGGAAAAGGGGUCCCAGACAGGUGCAAGCCACGGGGCAGAUGCCAGCGGUGUGAAGGAGAUUCUGGAGAAGCUCAAGCUGUCUGAGUACAGCACAGUCUUUGAGAAGGAGAGAAUGGACAGACAGGCACUGCUCCUGUGUACAGAGCAAAAUCUGAAAGACAUGGGCAUUCCCUUAGGCCCGAGGAUGAAGAUCCUUCACUACAUCAGCUCUGAAAGGGAGACACAGGACACUAACCAUUGGGCACAGAUCAUUGCUGGGAACAACGGAGAGGGCAGGACUGAGUCUGAGUCAUCCGCAGGGCCUGGCUCUGCCGGCAGCAGGAGCAGUGGGAGGAACUGCCCAUACCCAGAUGUCAGCUUAGGACAGGUCUCAGCCAACUACCCACAGCUCAUUUACAAGCCUGCUAUCUUCUUUGCUUUCGGAUCACCCAUCGGGAUGUUCCUCACUGUGCGAGGUGUGAAAAGGAUCGAUCCAAGCUACAGCCUCCCCACUUGCAAAGGCUUCUUCAACAUCUUUCAUCCGUUUGACCCCGUGGCCUACAGAAUCGAGCCUAUGAUUGUCCCAGACAUGGAGUUUGAGCCCAUGCUGCUCCCCCAUCACAAGGGCCGGAAGCGGAUGCACUUGGAACUGAAGGAAGGCCUGACCCGCAUGAGCAUGGACCUCAAGAAUAACCUGCUGGGGUCCCUUCGUGUUGCCUGGCAGUCCUUCACUAGGGCCCCGCUGCCAGCCGUGGAGGCAGCCAGCACAGAGUGUGAAACUGAAUCCCAGAACUGUUCAGACGGGCAAACAGAGGUGAAGCCCAAUGAGCCCCCUGCUGCUGCAAAGGAAGAGGCCUCUCCUAUAAAUGUGGGAAUGCUCAACGGUGGCCACCGCAUUGACUAUGUGCUUCAGGAGAAGCCGAUAGAGAGCUUCAAUGAGUAUUUAUUCGCCCUGCAAGGCCAUCUCUGCUACUGGGAGUCGGAAGAUACUGUUCUGCUGGUGCUGAAAGAGAUCUACCAAACACAGGGCAUUAUGUUGGAUCAGCCUCUACAAUGAAGGCACCGACCAGCUGCACUGUUCUUGCAACUUGAUAUGCACAUAUGUGACUCCUCACCAGGAAAGCCUGGAUAUCCUCUCUGCCUCCCCAUCCUGUGCUGUUGCUGCCUCUGCAUGCUGCUUCCUGACUACCUGCUGCUGCCUGGAGAGCUGGAAAGUUUCCCUUCUCUGUCCAAGGGGUAGGAAUCCAGUGAAAAUGUCUGCUAGAAUAUCCAGCACUGACUCAGCACCUGGGACCGACUGAGACUCCCUGUGGCAUCGUGUCCCUGUGUCCCCAUCAACUCUUUGGCUUGUCUGUCUUGUAAGUCGCAACACUAGCUGUUCCGGUGUAGAUGUGGGAUAGAGGUGGCCUGGAUUGGGAACUGGAGACUGAGAGCCUCAAGUCAUCUCCUGCAUAGCAGGAGAACUGGACACUUGCAACCUUGAGACCUCAAAGCCGUAAAUGGAUUAGGUACCUGCUGUGCUAUGGAAACAGAACCACAGCAUCUUAUGAGAGUGAAUAAAGGAUAAGGGGCUGAUUUGUCAUGGGAGAAUGAGAUAUGGUCUCUCUCCUCCUCUUGCAAUGCCAUAAGGCAGUGCAUAGGAGCAAGCACUCCCGACAGCUGCUAAGUGACUAGGGGUUUUAUCAUGACCCAGAUUCUCUUCUAACCUGCUCUCGAUCUGUUUCUGCACCCACCAGGUGCGCUAAGCAGGGUCCUGCAUCAAAAAGAAAGUGGCAUGUUCUCAUACACCAAAGGAAGCACUUAUAAUUACCCGUUUCUUUAAGGAGGUGCCAAGUCGGUCAGCAUGGCAGCCUCACCCCUGAGGCACUGUCCACGGCAGCUUUUAAUGUGUUGGCACUGGCAGCAGCCUUUGUACAGAAUCUUACACAGGUCUCUACAGCCAGGAAGGUUUGUGACAAAAGCCAGCCAGAGGUUUAUCUUCAUUUCCAUCUGCUGACGUCCUGACCGUUGUUCCCCUCAGUUGUGUGUCUAGUUACUGCUUGCUGACUAGCUCUAGGACUAGCCGAACCACUGGGAAUAAAUCCCUGGGUCUGGACCACCAUAUGGCUUUCAUCUCCUUUGCCUGCUGCAUAACACUAAUGCUGAUGCAGAGCUCUGGCUGGGACCACUGACCAACAACUGGGGGAGGCCUGCGUCUCUUCUAGACUCUGCUCCCAACUCCAAUCUCCUCCCAGGGGCCAGAUGCCUCCUAUUAUUUUGUUCAGAGCAGAAUUUGUACAAGUGGGAGGGGUCUGGGUCCCCCCCCGUAGGCAUCUGUGGACCCUGUGCAGCAGAAACAAGACAGGACCACACCCCAGGGGUAGUUCAUUAGCAGUGUUACAUCCUGAUUCAAGCAUAAGCUGCUUAAGUGAAAAUCCAACAGCCCAUCAGCCAGGGUCCAGCAAGGAAGAGGGUCACAGUGCUGCAUACAAGCACAGUCUACACACUCCCCUUUCUCCCUGGUUGCACUGAUUCAGUAAAGGGAAGUGUCUAGCUCCGUUUUGGUUACGUUUUUAUAUGUGUAUCUGUAGGCGAUGUGAUGAUGUUGCCUCCAAGUUUAUAGGAAUGUCUUAAGGUCCCCAGUGGUGAAAUUAAAGCAGACUUCUAUAGGGAGCUAUGACUGCAGUUUUAGUUCAGUGGCUGGGGAAUCGUAAUUGUCAAGGCAAGAAGGGCCAGAGAUCCUGAAGAGAUAUAUCCCUUGUAACCAAAGAUGUACAGGGUCAUUAACUGGCUAGACUGAACCCUGGCCUAGAUACAGCAUGGAAAAGCAAAGGUAGUGGAGUUAGUUAGGGUGUUGCUGUGUUUGAUAGAGUUUGAAAUAGAUGCCCCAAGCGUGUUCUCUCUCAGUGAUGACUGUAUGUGGUGCCAGGCCUUCCCCAUAGCUCCAGUCUGUCUUUUCCAUGGUGUACGUUGCUCAUGAUCCCCAACCCCACUCCAGCCAAAAGAACCCAGAAACUGCUCUUGAAAUGACGCUGCAGGGCUCAACCUCUGGUUAAAGCACCUCCUGCCCGUCUGUGGGAAGACAGUCUUGGCUGGGACGCACUGUCAGGAGCAGCUCUUGGAAUUAUGCACUUUGUAAACAGGAAAAGUUUAAAUACAUUUCAAAUGUUAUUUAAUGUUUUUUUCCAGUAAAAGCUGACACGAC